ACUUUGUUUAUUAUCGUGUUGUACGUACCCAGUAGUAGAUAUGAUUGUUUGGAUCUGUAAUUAUCUGUCUGAAUGCACAUAAUGAAUUAUUUGGUCCAGUUGGUCUUCUCUACGUCAUCUUGAAAUUUCCAGAACAAAACUGAUUAGAAGAUGACCACUGCUAAGCGUGUAGCAGUAAUUGGGGCGGGUGCCAGUGGACUGACCGCCAUUAAAUGUUGUCUGGACGAAGGAAUCACCCCAGUUUGUUUCGAGAGAACAGAUUACAUCGGAGGUCUAUGGCACUACACUGACGAUUCACAUGACGGCCAGGCCUGCGUGAUGAAGUCCACCGUCAUCAACACCAGUAAAGAAAUGAUGUGUUUCAGUGACUUUCCUAUACCUAAGGAGUAUCCGAUCUUUAUGCACAACAAAUAUGUUCUUAAGUACUUCCAUCUGUAUGCGGAGAAAUUCAACCUCACUAAGUACAUUAACUUUCAGAUAGAGGUCUUAAGUAUCAAGAAACACAGCGAUUUUAAAAGCAAUGGAUGUUGGGAUGUCAAAACACGUGAUUUGAAAACUAAUACAAUUAAUGAACAGACCUUUGAUGGUGUACUAGUCUGUACCGGACAUCACGCAGAAAAAAAUAUCCCAACAUUUCCAGGUCUGGAUAAGUUCCAAGGAGAGAUAAUUCACUCACAUGACUACAAAAAUCUCAAGGGAUAUGAGGACAAGCGAAUAGUUAUUAUUGGCAUAGGAAAUUCGGGCGGAGACGCCGCGGUGGAACUUAGUCGUGUGGCCAAACAGGUUUUCUUAAGCACACGACAGGGUUCAUGGGUCAUAAAUAGGGUGGAUAGCUUUGGAUAUCCGGUGGAUAUGAUGAGGACAACGCAAUUCAAUUUUUGGAUGAUGCGGAAGAUCGUACCCGCUUCUAUUGUUACAUGGAUCACUGAAACAAAACUGAACAUGAGAUUUGACCAUGCGCUUUACAGCCUGAAACCAAACUUCCCCCCGCUAUCCCAGCAUCCAACAGUCAACGAUGACCUUCCCAAUAGAAUCAUCAGCGGAAACGUCAUCGUCAAACCCAACAUCAGAUGUUUUACUGAAACUGGUGUGGAAUUUGAGGAUGGCACAGUAGAGGAGGAAAUUGACGUUGUAUUUUUGGCCACAGGGUAUAUCUUUGGGUUCCCAUUUUUGGACAAAUCUGUACUGGAAGUGAAGGAAAACAGAGUAAAAUUAUAUAAAUGGAUGUAUCCACCUGAUCUAGAACACAACACGUUGGCGGUGAUAGGUUGUAUACAGCCCUUAGGAGCCAUUAUGCCUCUCUCCGAACAACAAUGCCGACUGUACACAAGGGUUUUGAAAGGUGAAGUGAAAUUACCACCUUCAAAUGAAAUGUGGCAAGACAUAAAGGAAAAAGUGACAGCGAUGGCCAAACGUUAUGUUAAAAGUCCCCGUCACACGAUACAAGUAGACUACGUCGUGUAUUUGAAUGAGUUAGCUACUUUGGCAGGCAACUGUCCUGAUCUGGCCAAACUGUUCUUCAGAGACCCCCGUCUAGCCAUUGCUUGUUUCUUUGGCCCAUGUACUCCGUAUCAGUAUCGACUGGAGGGUCCCAGGAAGUGGACAGGUGCCCGGGAAAGCAUACUGACUCAGUGGGAUCGUACCUUCUUCCCACUGAAAACACGACCCAUCAAAAAUCCUCCCAGGGAGUCUCAAAUUACGUUCUUUUUCUUCUUCCUAUUUGUUGUUGGGUUGUUUACUUUAACUAUUCACCUACUCUUUAUGAGGUGAAUAUUUAUAAGAUUGUAAAAACCAUUGAUGAUUGAUGUAGGUGCUCACGUGAAUGUGUUCUCUGUAAAUUACCAUAAAUCAAAGUGAAACACUGCUUUAAAAGCGACAUUUUAGAAAUAAAAAAAUAACCAAAGCAACAACUCUUUCGAGAUACCAAACAUUUACUGAAACACUAUUCAAAACCACAUCAGACUGGAUGUGAUAAUCAAAACAAAAAUUCUAUUUUUCUGUUUUUGGUUGUACUUAUGCUGUUGUACCAGUCGUGUAUAUAUAAUGCAGUAUAAGAUCAUAAACUUUGAAUAUAUUCUAGAUUUGUGUCACGGAAUUCAUGCUUCAAGAGCUAGAAAAACUGUGAUACAGUGUAUAUAUAUAAUAUACUAGUAUAUAUUUUAUA